UACAUUUUAAUUCUCCCCCUCCCUUUCCCUUUCCCUCCUCUUUUCUACUCUCGUUCUCUCGAUCGUUCUCGAUGCCGCUAUUCCUCUCGGAUGAGGAAUUUCAGCGGUGCGCCGACGACGUGUCCGUCGUGGCGGAGAAGGCCGAUGCCUAUAUCAGAGAGCUGCAGCGCCAGCUGGAGACGGUGAGGGCGCAGGCCGAUGCAUCUGCCAUCACGGCCGAGCAGGCGUGCGCACUCCUCGACCAGAAAUACAUAUCCCUUUCCUCCGACUACGCCAAGAUCGAGUCCCAAAACGCCCAGCUCUCCUCCGCCCUCGAACAGAGGCUUUCUGAGCUCGCCGAGUCCCAGUCUCAGAAGCAUCAGCUCCACCUCAAGGCCAUUGAAAAAGAUGGGGAGGUCGAGCGGUUGUCAGUUCAAGCAUCUGAGGUUCAGAAGUCCAAGCGGCAGUUGCUUGAAUUGCUUGAGCAAAAGGACUUGGAGAUUGGAGAGAAGAAUGCCACAAUACAGAGCUACCUGGACAAGAUUCUCACAUUAACAGAUGCUGCUGCUCUGAAAGAAGCCAAGUUGCAUGAUAGUGCGGCUGAGUUGGCACGGUCUCGUUCUGCAUGUACUCGUCUUUCCCAGGAGAAAGAAUUGAUUGAAAGGCAUAACAUUUGGCUCAAUGAAGAGUUAACAACUAAAGUUAACAGUCUUAUUGAACUUCGCAGAUCACAUACUGAGUUCGAGGCGGAGAUGUCUUCUAAACUUGCUGAUGUUGAGAAACAAUUAGAUGAAUGUUCAGUCUCCUUAAAGGGUAAUAAAGAACGUGUUAGGGAACUGGAAAUGAAACUGACAUCUACUCAAGAGGAGUUAUGCUCAUCCAAAGCUGCUGCUGCAGAAAAUGAAGCUCGCUUCUCUGAAGAAUUAUCAACUGUUAAUAAGCUUGUUGAACUGUACAAGGAGAGUGCUGAAGAAUGGUCCAGAAAGGCAGGAGAACUUGAGGGUGUAAUAAAAGCACUUGAAAAGCAUUUGAGCCAAGUUGAAAAUGAUUACAAAGAGAAACUUGAGAAGGAAGCAUCAACAAGGAAAGAUUUUGAAAAGGUGGGUGCAGACUUGAAGGAGAAACUGGAGAAGUGUGAAAUUGAGAUCGAGAAUGCUAGGAAGGCUAAUGAAUUAAGUCUUCUUCCAAUAUCCAGUUUGCAGAGUGAUUCAAGUGCGGAUGAAAUAUUGAUUGGUGGAGCUGAAACUGCUGACAGAAAUGAGGAUGGUCUGAUGCUUGUACCGAAUAUACCAGCAGGUGUUUCAGGAACUGCAUUAGCAGCUUCCCUUCUGCGCAAUGGUUGGAGUCUUGCUAAAAUGUAUGGAAAAUAUCAAGAGGCUGUUGAUGCACUGCGGCAUGAGCAGCUGGAACGAAAGCAUUCACAAGCCAUUUUGGAACGGGUUCUAUAUGAAAUACAGGAGAAAGCUGAAGUCAUUUUAGAUGAACGAGCGGAACAUGAGAGAAUGGUGGAAGCAUAUAAUUUGAUGAAUCAGAAAUUGCAGCAGUCGCUUUCUGAGCAUGCUAAUUUUGAGAAUACCAUCAGGGAAUUGAAGGCCAUGUUGAGGAGGCAAGAGCGAGAUUAUGAUGUAGCUCAUAAAGAGAUACUUGACCUCCAAAAGCAGGUUACAGUUCUUCUCAAGGAAUGUCAGGAUACCCAAUUCCGAUGUGGGGCAGGAAAUCAGGUCUUUCCUGAUGAUUUCCCUGCUGCCCAUGUGGUUGAGGUGGAUGAUGAGACAGAAGCUGACAAGGUUAUUUCCGAUCGUCUUCAGUUGACUUUUAAGGAUAUAGAAGGAUUAGUUGAGCAGAAUGUCCAGCUUCGAAGUCUUGUCCGCAGUCUUUCCAACCAGAAUGACCAAAGAGAUGUGGAGUUAAGGGAGAGCUUUGAAAUGGAGCUCCAAAAGCGUACUGAUGAGGCUUCAUCCAAAGUAGCAGCUGUGUUAAAAAGGUCUGAGGAGCAAGGGCGCAUGAUAGAGUCACUUCACAGUUCUGUUGCAAUGUACAAGAGACUAUAUGAAGAGGAGCUUAAAACUCGUGCCUCUUGUCAUAAUUCUGUGGAAGCUAAUACAGAGGAUGGAAGGAAGAACCUUAUGCUUCUAUUUGAAGAUUCUCAGGCUGCUACAAAGAAGGCUCUUGAGCAGGCUGUUGAACGUGCUAGAAGUCUUGAAGAGGAUUUAGCUAAAUCUAGGAGUGAAGCUAUUUCAUUACGAUUGGAGCGUGAUAAAAUAGCAAUGGAAGCAAAUUUUGCCAGAGAACGACUUGAUAGUUUCAAGAUGGAACUUGAACAUCAGAAAAAUGAAAGCAAUGGAAUUCUAGCUAGAAAUGUGGAGUUCUCACAGUUGAUAGUCAACUACCAACGAAGGCUUCGUGAAAGCGCUGAUUCUUUGAAUUCCUCUGAGGAGCGUUCACGUAAAUUGUCAAUGGAGGUCUCUGUUUUAAAACAUGAAAGAGAUAUCUUGAUAAAUUCUGAGAAAAGGGCUUCUGAAGAAGUUCGUAGUUUGUCAGAGAGAGUGCAUCGUUUACAGGCAACUUUGGGCACCAUUCAAAGUGCUGAGGAGGUUCGUGAGGAUGCAAGAGCUAUGGAGAGGAGAAAGCAUGAUGAGUACUUGAAGCAAGUUGAAAGGGAAUGGGCUGAAGCGAAGAAGGCCCUUCAAGAAGAACGGGAUCAUGUUCGAACUCUUACACUUGGUAAGGAAGAAAUAUUGAAGGAUGCAAUGAGACAAGUAGAAGAACUGGGAAAAGAAUUAGCUGAUGCUUUGCGAGCUGUUGCUGCUGCGGAAGCAAGGGCCUUAACAGCUGAGGCUCGGUGCUUUGAUUUGGAGGCAAAGCUUAAAUGUUCUGAAAAAAUGAUUGUUGGUGAAGAUGGUGGAUCUGAUCACUCUAUUCGCUUUGCUAAUGAGCUUAUUGAGGACAUGCAGAAAGCAAAGGAAGAGAUGGAAAAACUAAAAGGGGAGGCACAAGCCAACAAGGAUCACAUGCUACAGUAUAAAGAAAUAGCACAAGUGAAUGAAGUUGCAUUGAAGCAAAUUGAAUCUGCUCAUGAAAAAUUCAAGGCUGAGGCUGACAAGUUAAAGAAGUCACUGGAGGAUGAAAUUCAUUUUCUCAAGGGAAGGGUUUCAGAACUUGAAAGUGAUCUUGUGUCAAAGUCCACAGAAGUUACAUCUGCAGUUUCAGGGAAAGAAGAAGCUCUAUCUUCCGCAUUUGCUGAAAUUGACCAUCUAAAGGAAGAAAAUUCUGUAAAAACGUCUCAGAUAGUGGAAUUGGAAAUUCAGAUCUCUUCUUUGAAGGAAGAUCUUGAAAAGGAGCAUCUACGCUGGCGUACUAGCCAGAGCAAUUAUGAAAGACAGGUAAUUCUCCAAUCCGAGACAAUUCAGGAGUUGACAAAAACUUCCCAGGCAUUGGCUUUACUUCAAGAUGAAGCUUCCAAGUUACGUAAAUUGGUAGAUACACAAAAAAGUGAAAAUGACAUAUUGAAGGAAACAUGGGCAGAAGAGAAGUCGGUACUUCAGAAAUUGAAGGAUGAAGCUGAGAGAAAGUACAGUGAAAUAAAUGAACAGAACAAGAUGUUGCACAGUCGCUUAGAAGCAAUGCACAUUAAAUCAGCUGAGAAGGAACGCAAUUCUGUUGGAAUUUCUAGUAGCACAUAUGCAGAUUCCCAUGGGGAUGAUGACCUACAAAAUGUGAUUAAUUAUCUACGACGGUCGAAGGAGAUAGCAGAAACUGAGAUUUCUUUACUAAAACAGGAAAAGCUACGACUACAAUCUCAGCUUGAAAGUGCUUUGAAGGCCUCUGAGGCUGCUCAGGCUUCGCUUCAUGCCGAGCGCACAAAUUCUAGAGCAGUGCUGUUCACAGAUGAGGAGUUCAAAUCUCUCAAGCUUCAGGUAACAGAAAUGAACUUGCUUCGCGAAAGCAAUAUGCAGCUUCGAGAGGAGAACAAGCACAACUUUGAGGAAUGUCAGAAAUUUCGUGAAAUAGCUCAAAAGGCCAAGGUGGAGACUGAGCAUUUAAGCAGUCUGCUAAGGGAGACACAAAUUGAGCUGGAUGUUUGUCGUAAAGAAAUUGAGAGGAAAAAAAUAGAGCUAGAGCAGUUGGAACAAAGGAUUUCUGAGUCACUUGAGAGGUCCAAAAAUGUUGAUCUGGAAGAAUACAAUUGCAUGAAGGAAAAUUUUCAACAGAUUCAGUUAAAGCUAAGAGAGAAGGAAGCUGAGGUUGAGGAGGCUAAGAAACUUGUCUCAGAGGCGCAAGAAAGAAUCUUUCUCUUGGAGCAAAACCUUGCAAACUGCCAGUCGGAACUUAAUGAUAUGCAAAAGAAGAACAGCGAUUAUCAUCAAGCUAAUGGCAAUCUCAAGCUAGAAGCUGAAAGACAAAAGAAACUAGCCUCCCACUUGAAGAAGAAAAUUGAUAUGUUGACAAAGGAGAAGGAUGAGUUGAGCAAAGAGAAACAAGCACUUACCAAGCAAAUAGAAGAAUCCAAAUCAAGCAAGAUGCAAUCUGUAGAAACUGCAAGUGAGCAAGCCAUGAGGGAGAAAGAGAAGGAGAAAGACACGAGGAUACAGAUGUUGGAGAAAAUUCUUGAGAGAGAGCGAGAGGAAUUACGCAAAGAGAAAUCAAGGCGGCAAAAGACUCAAAAUACAGUUGAAUCUUCUAUGAAGAUAGUUCAACAGGAGAAGAAAAAAGUGUACGAGGAACUCGAGAGGCAUAAGCUUGCUAGAGACAAUUUAUUAGAGACUAGCGGAAUCUCAGGAUCUCAACUUCCUUUAGAGACUGGCUUAGACGACCAAACUGCUGCAUACUUUCAGGCUGUAGAUAAUUUUGAAGAAGCGGUGCGUUCUGCUCCUGAUCAUGGGAUUGGAGCUCACGCUAUCCCCAUAGAGCUUUCUUCGCUUGUCGAUACAUCUCAUGCAGCAACUGGUUCAGGACAGCAACUUCCUGCUCAACCUGUAGUUGUCAAGCCUCCAUCACUGGACCCUACGGCAAGUCCUCAAGUUAAAGUAACAGAAGAAGCAGAGAAAAUAGCCAAUGCUCCCAAACCCAGCAUUGAAGCUCGCAGGCCAGGAAGGAAGCUAGUUCGACCUCGUCUUGAACGACCACAGGAGCCUCCGAAUGAUAUCGAGUCUUCGGAGAUGCAAGGAUCCUCUACAGCUACUGAUGCAAAAGGUGGGCCAUCUCACAACGAUCCAGAACCUCAAGGUGUAGUUUCUUUGCCACCCCUGCAAGCAGCUCGGAAACGUCUGGCCUCUUCAUCUGCCUCUGAAUUAGGGAUAGAAUCACUCGGUCAACAAGAAGCCUGCUCUGAUGUGGCACCUCUGAUGAAGAAGCCGAAAGGUUCAUGUUCUCCUCAAGAUGGUAAUGAAGAACCCACCCACCCUCCUGAAAAUCUUGAAUUGCCUCCAAUUGUAGAGGAGAUGCGUGAUGCCGUGGAUGACCCAGUUCAUGGUUCAAAUGAUGAGGCUGUUGAUGCUGCCAAGGAUGAAGAGAUGGAUACUGUGAAGGAGCUAGCAGAGGAGCCAAAUGAACCCGUACUACAGAACGCAUCCGAUGCAACUGUAGAAGAGCUCUCAGAGAAGCCAAGAGAAACAGCUGAAAUGUUUGAUGGGCGUCUGCAAGUUAGUGAAGCGAAUGAUGAUCCACAACAGUCCACUGGAGAAGCCGAAAGUGAGAGGGAAGAAGGAGAGCUGGUGCCAGAUGGAGCCCAACCACAAGACAGUGCUGAUGUGGUAGGCGUGAUGGACAUAGAACCCGACGAUAGCUUGGGUGAGCCUGGUGAUGCAGCGGCCGACAUUGAUAAUGAUGGAGCAAUUGUUGAUAUGGGUGAUCCAGCCGUUGAGAUUGUUUCCCCUUCUGAGGCUCUAGAAAACGAGGAUAAGAAAGAGGGUAGCGAGCUUCUAGAAGAUGUUGCUGCUGAAGGUUCAGAUAAGUCUGGUAAUAACAAUGGAAAUGAUCAGGGCAGUGUUGACUCUCAGCAGAGCCCUGAAGCUGCUCUUAGAGCAGCUGGUGAGGGAUCGCCAAGUGUGAUUGCAGACAGUGACAUCUCAAAACAGGGAAGUACCAGUACCAUGCCAGAGACAGCAGUAGGGGAAGGAAAAGAAUCGCAGGGUAGUAGGAGCAAUACCACUAUUGACUUGCGCGAGAGAGCUAGACAGAGGUCUCAACUAAGACAAGCUGGAGUGGUGUCUCCUCCAUACGGAAGAGGCCGCGGCAGAGCUGUCAGCAGCCCUAUGAAUGAAGGUGGGCGGCGGGGCCGAGGUAGGAGAGGCGGACGAGGCGGCGGGCGAAUUUAGAGGUGAAAGUGGGCCACCUUCUCCGUGAAAAGCUUAACCAUUGAAGUUCUCCUGGGCUGUGUGAGCUUAAUGUGCAGGAGAAAAAUCUAGCUAAGCAAACUUUUGACUGUUCAUCACAAUCUUCCCUGUCGUUGAGACAUUCCGAUGAUAUGAUUGUGGUGAUGAUUGUGAUGAUUGGCAAUAUUAAGAGGCUAAACAUGCUUUUGGCAAUGUCUGGGGUCAGAAUGGUCGGAAGUUAUCUUUUCAUGACGGUGUAUGGUGGAGGUUUCACUUAUUUUCAGUAGGUUGGGAACUUUCAAAUUCUCGGCUUUCUUACCUACUUAAAAACUGUUGUAACGAAUGGUUAUUUGUUUCUGAGUAUAUGAAGGCAGCAGCCAUAUACAAGCCCCUUCCCAGGCCCACCAAAGUUUAUUCAUGGGACAGGAAAAUGCAUCGUUGAUGUUUGUUAUUACUAUCCUAUUGAUUUUAGGGUAAGAUGAUGAUGAAAACUAUUGUAUUGAUUUCCAUUA